GGGGGGAGCGGCGUGGGGGGUCGGAACGAGCGGAGGGCGUGGGUUGAGGGCACCGCGGUGCCGGGAGGUUGACCCCAAGAGGCAGCGCGGCGUCCCCUCGCGCAGAGCACAAUGGAGGCUGUGUGGAGAGCACUGAGCGCCCUGCAGCCCCGCUGCCUGCACACCGCCUGCAGCCGCCACAACUCCAACCGCACCUCCAUCACCCACCUGCGCCGCCAGGUGUACGGCCGCCUCUACCCGCUGCUGCUGGUCCGCACCGAUGGCUCCACCAUCCACAUCCGCUACAAGGAGCCCAAAAGGAUCCUCAUGCUGCCCUUGGACAGCAGCACGCUGCCUGAGGCGGAGCGCAAGGCCCGGCUGCGGCGGCAGUUCCCCAGCAAGCUGCAGGCCAAGCAGGAGGAGGCCUUGGAGGAGCUGGACUUGGAGAAAUACAAGAAAUUUUGGAAGAAGUGAGGCACCGAUUUGGGAUCAGCCCCCACCGAGACUCCCUACCAAGCGGUGGCUGAUGGACACAGCUAUAGAAAUAAAGAGAAGAGCAAUUUUGUUAAGAACUCA